AUGUUUAGGGCGGUGAUAGUGUCGUGCUUGUUGGGUCUGGCGAUCGCCACACCGGCUGUGGUGAGGACUAGGGAGGAGAUCCAAGCUUUCAGACAUUUCUUGGAAAGCACUAAAACCAGUGAUGGCAGUCAAUUCAUCGCCAGAACCAAGGCUUCACCGCUCGCAAACCCAGAGGAGAACAGCGGCAGGUACCAGGGUGAUAUAGUGCUGGAUGACUUCAUAAUCGAUUCGAUGAUCAGGGAGUAUGCAAUGGGAAGAAACGCUUACAUCUGGCCUAACACUAAGUGGCCUAAUAACACCGUUGUCUGGGAAUUCGGAGAAGAUGAAUUCGGUCCCCUACAAAAGGAAGCUAUCGAAGACGCCAUUAAGGACAUUGAGGAGCACACUUGCGUCAAGUUCCGUUACCGAGAACCAGAAGAUACUGUGUUUGUGAGGUUGACUGGUGGUUCUGGUGGAUGCUUCGCUAACGUCGGCUACUGGGAGGAGCGUGAAGUUCACACCUUAAACCUGGCGCGCAACUACCCAGGCGUGGGAUGCUUCCGUCACGCCACCAUCGUUCACGAGUGGAUGCACAUCCUGGGCUUCUUGCACAUGCAGUCCACGUAUAACAGGGACGAGUACGUUCGCAUCGUAGAGGAGAACUUACGUCCUGGAACCGAGCACAACUUCGAUAUCUACGAAGCGGACCUAGUGGACAAUUUAGGAGUUGAAUACGACUACAUUAGCUGCUUGCACUAUGGACCCUACGCCUUCAGUGCUAAUGGAGAGAAAACUAUUAUUGCUUUGCAGGAACACGAAGGUGAAAUGGGGCAACGCGUCUUCAUCACAGAGAGGGACUGGCUGCGAAUCAACAGGCACUACAACUGUCCAGGCGCUUGGGACUAA